AUGGUCGGUGAAUCCAAAGCAACUGCUUAUCGACGCUUUCAGCUUUUAGAACGCCGUCUUCAGCGGGAGCCCGGCCUCAGUGCAGAGUACCAUAAAUUCAUGAGGGAAUAUAUCGAACUCGGACACAUGCGACUUGCCAACAUGAUCAGCGAAGACGAUAUGAAUUGUUGCUACCUUCCUCACCAUCCUGUCAUCAAGGAAUCAAGCACUACGACCAAGGUUCGGGUCGUGUUCGACGGUUCAGCGAAAACCUCUACCGGUUCAUCGCUUAACGAGGCUCUAUGCGUUGGCCCAGUCGUGCAGGAUGAACUCAUUGCGACGAUAUUACGAAUGCGUACUUACCCGAUUGCUCUUGUUGGCGAUAUAGCAAAGAUGUACCGCCAGGUGUUGGUUCACCGUGAUGACACCUCUCUACAGCGUAUUCUCUGGCGUUUUUCUACAGAUGAGCCCAUUCAGGUCUACGAAUUACUCACCGUCACUUACGGAUUGGCUCCUUCUUCUUUCCUUGCAACUCGUACUUUACUGCAGUUAGCAGAUGAUGAAGGUUCACGCUAUCCGCUCGGCCGGGAAGCUCUUCUCAAAAACUUUUAUGUAGACGACUUCAUUGGUGGGGCGCAGACGAUAGAAGAAUAG